GUUUUGUUGGGUUGAAUAAUGUAAAAGCUAAUGACUAUGUUAAUGUAAUAAUACAAGCAUUAGCACAUAUUCCCCCACUUAGAGAUUACUUUAUGUUGCAAAACUUUGAAAAUAAAUCUCAAUUAGUUCAAAGAUUUAGUACACUUGUUAAAAAAAUAUGGAAUCCAAGAGCAUUUAAAGGACAAGUUAGUCCUCAUGAACUAUUACAAGAAAUAUCAAAUGCAAGUAAUAAACGAUUCAAACUUGCAGAACAAACAGAUCCUCUUGAUUUUCUAUCUUGGUUUCUUAAUACAUUACAUAAAGACUUAUGUGGUACCAAGAAAUCAGAUUCAAGUAUAAUAUAUAAAAUCUUUCAAGGAGAAGUAAAGGUAGAAUCUCAAUUCAUAAUUACAAAAGAUAAUACUGAUGAAAAGAAUCGUCAAUUGUUUGAUGUUGAUAGAGAUUUACCACCACCACCUUUAUUUCAGGAUGAAGUCGAGAAAAAUAUCAUUCCUCAAGUUGCAUUAUCAACAGUGCUUCAAAAAUAUGACGGUAGAACAACUCUGGAAUCAGCAGGUGCUUUAAAAAGAUUUCAAUUGAUUAGUUUGCCUAAUUACUUAAUUUUCCAUAUUAAACGUUUCACAAAAAAUAAUUGGGAUCUUGAGAAAAAUCCCACAAUUGUAAACUUCCCUAUUAAAAACAUUGAUAUGAAAGAUUUUCUUGAAAAUCCAGAAUCAGAAAUGUUAGACACACAUUAUGAUUUAAUAGCAAAUAUAUGCCAUGAAGGCAAAGCAGGUAAAAGUAAUGGGAUUUAUAAAGUACAUGUUCAACAUCGUGGUAAAGAACAAUGGUAUCAAAUUCAAGAUUUGAUUGUGGAAGAGAUUAAUGCACAAAUGAUCUUUUUAUCUGAAAGUUAUAUUCAGGUUCGUCAUUUAACUUUUUGGAGGAAUGGUUUUAGCGUUGAAGAUGGUCCUUUAAUGGCUUAUGAUGAUCCAGAAAAUCAAGAAUUUUUGAAAGCUAUUAGAAGCGGUCAAAAUCAACCAGUCGAUGUACGAGUUUCACGUAGAUUAGAUGAAGAUUACAAACCACCACCAAAGAAACCUACCAGACCAUUUUCUGGAUCUGGACAAAGACUUGGCAGUAUAACACCAGUUGUUGUUUCCAGUCAAAAAUUUGAAGUUGACGAGUCACUGCCAAUCACAUCACUCCAAAUACGUUUAGCGGAUGGAACAAGAAUGCUUGCUAGGUUUAAUCACACACAUACUGUUAAUGAUAUUCGAAAUUUUAUUAAUGCCUCACGAGUUGGAGAAGCACAACGAAAUUAUUUAUUACAAACAUCAUUUCCAGUAAAUGAUUUAAAUGACGGAUCACAAACUUUAGAAGAAGCAUCUCUUCUUAACUCUGUGGUUAUUCAGCGAUACACUUAG